AUGGCCGCUCCGGCGGGGAAGCUCAUGCACGCCGUCCAGUACGAGUCCUACGGCGGCGGUGCCGCCGCCCUCAAAGUAAGUCCUUCCUUUAGACGAGAGAAAUCGCGGUUGGAGGCCUGUGGAUUUAUGGUCCGACGUGCUUUGGCGUGCUCUUUUUGAUGUUGUACGAUGGAUUGAAAUAUGUGUUCAAGGGCUGAAUCAUUAAAGAAUGAGCAGGAAGAUCCGAUGAAUUGAAGAUGGGUUUGAAGAGGGCCAAGUUCAUAGAAAGUUUGGAGCUCAAUGUUGCGAGUUCUUGCCGCAUGAUCAACUACAAGCUCUAUUUUCAUGAAUAUGCUUAUUUGUCUGUUUCUCGGAGUUUACUCGUCAAAGCAUCUUAGUGUAGUUACUAUAAAACUUUGGUUCUCUGUCGAUUUUAUUUUUCUUGACUGAUAAAUAAUCGGAGAACAUACGUCUUAUUCGGAUGAUAUUUGGGCCGAUGUGGGAUAAUUGAUCACCGAGUCAGAAGGGAGUACGCUUUACCAAGGUAGGGGUUGAUUUGUGCGGCGAAAGUUUUAGAUGAUGGGCAGAAUCUGUCAGGUUUUACUGGGAAUGGGCUCAUAAUUUCUACUAUCGGUGCACUAUUUCAAAUUGAAUCUUACGUACCCACUAAUCAAUUUCUGCUCUAAAUUGCACGAUAUUAAUUUAUAAUUUAUUUAGCUUUAACAAUGAUUUAUGAUAUGCAUAUUGUGGUCCCUAGCAGCUUUGAUUCUCAGUAUAUGUGUGCCUAGACCCAUAGGAAAAAAAAUUCUUAUGUGGAGUGAUUUGUUGUGAUCUAUUCUUGUUUUCGAAAUAUUUCAAGAAAAACAUGUCUAAUUUUUUCUUCUGAUUUUUUUUUUCAAGUUUUAUGAAAUUAUUGAAUAAUUAUUUUUCUCACUUUAGCUUUCUUGAACAAUCAUUUCUUGACGUCUUCUUGAUGUAGCAUGUUGAAGUUCCCAUUCCUUCGCCAAAGAAAGAUGAGGUCACGUUGAAGUUGGAGGCUUCUAGUAUAAACCCCAUUGACUGGAAGAUUCAGAAGGGCUUGCUACGCCCAUUUCUUCCACGUACAUUUCCAUACGUGCCAGGUGUUCUACUCAAGUGGUUCAAGCCUUCUGUUAUUUAUGCUGUUCGGAUUAGCUAAACUUGGUGUCAGUGACUUCCGGAUCAUUACUUCCCAUUAGUUUAUGGCUAAUCUUUUAUCUUCUCAUGGCCACCAUGUUGUCAGAUCUUGGUCAAGAGUGCGCUAAUCUUUUCCAUUUUUAAUUUAAAAAAUUCAAAAUUUUAUUUCUGCGUUAUUAUCAUGUUUAUAUUUGCACAAGAUUAAUUAUAUAUAUUUGCAUGUUUCUGUCUCCUAUGCUGCACCAUGGGUCCUUUCAAGAAUCUUAUUAUGGCGCUUAAUAACAAUAUAAACCUUAAUUUAUACACAUACAUGAACCUGUAGUUUCAUCAUUUAUGAUGAUGGUACCCAAGGGAAUCCGUAGCCAUUAAUAUUACCAAAUAAAUCUAUUAUUAUAUUUAUGAUAUUGUGUAGAGCGGCAGAUUUAUCUAUUUUUUAUUUUUAUUUUUUUUCAAUGGAUUAUGUACAGAUUAUUUUCAAUGAUUCAUACCUUAGUCUACCACUAUCAUUACAGCAUAAAAUUUUUACUCCACUUUUCAAAAUAAUUUCAUAGUAGAUCAUUCUACUUGGUUGGGUCCUGAUGACCCCGAUUGCCAUGUUGCAGUCCCUGACGUGGCAGGUGAGGUGGUUGAAGUGGGAUCCAACGUUGACUCUCUCAAAGCCGGCGACAAAGUGGUGUCGAUGCUCUACCUCCGGGUGAGCUCUCACGCUGCAUUAUAUUGCCUCUUAUUUUUAGUCAAUCUAUGAGCAUACGUGUAAAUCAAUUAUUCAUAAUUUUUCUCGCAGAUAAAUAAUUAACUUAAUUAAUAAUUUAUUUUUAUUUUUCUGUCAGCGAGGGGGAGGGCUGGCUGAAUAUGCGGUGGCAUCGGCUAGCAUGACAGUGAAGAGGCCUGCAGAGGUAUCCGCCGCCGAGGGAGCAGGGUUGCCAAUAGCGGGCCUCACUGCCCUCCAGAGCCUGAAAUCGGCCGGAAUAAGGUUCAAGGUUGGCAGCGAGAACGGCGCCAACAUCCUAGUCACCGCCGCGUCCGGCGGAGUGGGCUUGUACGCGGUCCAGCUGGCAAAGCUGGGCAAUUGCCACGUCUCUGCCACCUGCGGAGCGAGGAACUUGGAGCUGGUGAAGAAUCUGGGUGCUGAUGAGGUGCUGGACUACAAAACCCCUGGCGGCGCCGCCUUGGAGAGUCCCUCCGGGAAGAAGUACGAUGCCGUCAUCCACUGCGCCACCCGUAUCCCCUGGUCAACGUUCGAGCGCAACCUGGCAGAAAGUGGGAAGGUGAUCGACAUCACCCCCAAUGCCACCGCCUUCCUCACCGCCGCCAUCAAGAAGAUCACCUUCUCCAAGAAGCAGCUGGUGCCGCUCCUCCAGUCCGCCAACAAGGAGGAGCUGGAGCUUUUGGUGGGUCUGGUGAAGGAAGGGAAGCUGAAGACGGUCGUUGACUCGAGGCAUCCUCUGAGCCAGGCAGAGGCGGCUUGGGCCAAGAGCAUCGACGGCCACGCCACGGGGAAGAUCAUUGUGGAUGUGGGGCCCUGA